AUGAAACAGCGACAAAAGAGGAAACAUUUGGAAAACGAUGAGUCCCAGGAAACUGACGAGAAGGAAAGAGGAAUCUCGAAGUCACAAAAUGAUGUCCUUCAGCUUGGAUCAACCGAGGUGGCCAAAGGCUAUGACCCAGGGGUAGGGGAGAUCUCCUCUGCCUCUGACUACUUAACCUGUGUUUCUUCUCCACUCAAGCUUAUUCGUAGCGGAAUCCGGAGAUUACAUCAAGAGAGUGCCCAGCUUAGAUCAACCCUAACCCAGAUUAAGGGACAAGAGGAGGCUGUUCCCAUCUUACCACAUGUCUCCUUAUCAUCCCCUUCAUCCUAUAAGACCUGUGUGAUCUCGCAGUAUAUAAACAAAGAGGAAAGGGGCAUGAAAAUAUACUACAUGCAAGUACAAGUGAAAAAGGGCGUGGCUAUCUCCUGGGAAACAGAGGACACCUCAGAGUCACUAAAAAAGAAGCCGAGGAUGGAAGAAGUGAAACUUCCUGAGGACGUGCGGGUAGAUACGCCCCCCUCUGACGUGUCCACCAGAAAACUCCUAUCUGAGCCCAGCAGGGAGGUGAAAGAGCAUGAAGAACGAGCAGAGACAGACAGCCCACUAGGAUUGCCCACAACUGAGGAGAGACCCAGGGCCAAGACACCUGACUGGUUGGUUACUAUGGAGACUGGCUUUAGGUGCAUGGCCUGCUGCCGGGUCUUCCCCACCUUGGAGAUCCUUAAGGAGCAUGUGCAGUUUGGGAUCAGGGAGGGCUUCAGCUGUCACGUCUUUCAUCUCACCAUGGCUCAGCUGAGAAGCAAUGUGGAAUCAGAGAGCAUCCGGGAAAAGGAGGAGGAGGAGGUGAAGAAGGAUAGAAAGGAAGAGAAGCAAGGAGAAAAACAGAACGAGGAGGAGCAGCCCACAGUGUAA